GAAGAAUUGCUUCGAACACGCCCAUGGAGACGCAAGUACGAUGGAAACCAAGAUCGAUGGACGAGUUCUGACAGGCUCCCGGCAUUCAUUCAACGGAACGUAUUGAGCCAGUAUUACGAUCAAUUGUCUGGGGGGACAUUUCUAUUGAUUUAUCGAUGAUCCAUUGACCCUCGUUUUUGAGCGGGCUGAUGCAUGCUGCCAUAGAUCGAGUGAUUUCUGCUGCAGCAUUGGCUGGGGCGGUCGAUGGGGGUCGCGAUGGAAAAGGUUUUUUUGCUCGACGACCCGGAAUCGUGGAACGGAUCAGUUGAACGAGCUGUAUGGCGGUAUCGCACUGAAAAUCUCUCUGGCUUCAUCGGUCAAGGCAACCUGCAUCUGUCGGUCUUGGCACUGUCCUUGCUAUUUUUCGGUCUCUGCUAUGGCAUCCGCUAUCUGCGCCGGCUCUUGAAGAGCUCGGCGGCGGCUCCUGAGACUAAGUCGAGGCAUUAUCGGCCAUUACAAUAUGAGCUGGCGCAUACUGCAACUGCCGUGGUUGCCUGUGCAUUGCACUGGCUGGCCGCCCCCCGGGAUGGCAGUUGGAAACAGUCUCUUUUGCACAGCUAUAUCGUCUCUCUCGGCCUGCUGCGCUUCGUAUGUUCACGGAACAGACGCCGUCUGCGGAACCAGGCAUACUGUCACAUGAACGUUGUCGCCACGGCUGCCGUGUUCCUGGCGGUCCUGCAGCACAUCCUCCCCUUGCUUAUCAUCGGUUCAACCUAUGUGCCUCCCCCGCUGGAGAGUGCUGCGGCAGCUUGUCUGGUGGCCACGGUGGCUGUUGCUCUAGCCGCGCCGCGGCCGGUCCGCCCCAUAUCGAUAGAUGAAGGAGAGUUAAACGUCGAAGAGGAAGAUGUCUCCCCGGAAGAAACCUGCUCCCUCUUCUCUUACUACUGCUCAUACGAAUGGAUCACUUAUCUGAUCCUGCGUGGCUUUCGUAGAGACCUGACCAUGGACGAUCUGCCCCCACUACCGGCGUAUGAUGAUCCCUCUAGCUGGCUGCGCAAGAUCCGCGCCCAGCGCCAGCGAGGAGGCAAGACCCUACGCGUCUUGUUGCGGCUGAUGAAGACUGAGAUUCGCUUCAUGGUGGGCUGGGCGGCGGUCACGGCUGUGGUUGAGUGUGUCGCUCCCUUCGCCAUGCUCUACCUGCUCGCUUAUCUGGAGGAUCCGCAUGAUGCGGUUGUCCAUCCAGUCCUGUGGAUCGCUUUGCUGCUCAUUGGGCCCGUCCUACGCUCCGUCUUCAACCAGCAGUAUAUCUUCACAGCCACCCGGCUGCUGGUGCGUGUCAACAUCUCGCUCGUUCAGGAUAUCUAUCAAACGGCCUUACGUUCCCAUAUCUAUGAUAGCUCCAUCGAUCGCUCUGCCACGGACGACAAAACGUCGUCCACAAAGGACCCCUCUUCCAAGAAGUCCCGCCAGGCCAACCUCACCAGCCUCAUGUCCUACGAUGUCGAUGCCAUCUAUAACUCGCGAGACAUCUUCAAUGUCAUGACCAUGGUCCCUAUCGUGACUACCAUUGCCACCAUUUUCCUCUACCGCAUGCUCGGCUGGCCCUCCCUAUUCGGCGUGCUGACCCUGAUCUGUUUGACUCCGCUGCCGGCAAUGGCAUCGCGCAAGGUCUCGCGUAUCCAGCAGUCUGUCAUGCGCGCCACCGACGUGCGCCUGGCCAAGAUCUCCGAGUACCUCCACUCCAUCCGUACCCUCAAGUACUUUGGUUGGGAGCCCGCCGCCAUCAAUCAGGUCAAUAGCGUCCGGGCCGUCGAGCAGCAGCGCCUGUGGCAGCGCAGCGUCUACGCCGCCGCCAUCUCUAUGGCUGGCGAUCUCCUGCCCCUCGUCAGUCUGCUUGUCAUGUUCACCCUCUUCGUCCUGUUCACUGGCCGCCCGCUACACGCUCCAGUCGCUUUCACCUCCCUGUCCAUCAUGGAAACCCUCCGCGGCCAGUUCGUCUGGCUGUCCAACGUCAGCCGCUACACGGCGCAGGGCGCUGAAUCCCUUCGCCGCGUCGAUCAUUUCUUCGACACCGCCCAGGAGAUCCAGCACCACCCGGAGGGUCCCCUCGCCUUCGACCACGCCACCUUUCGCCGCACCCCGAUCGCCCCGUUCCGCCUCAGAGAUCUCCAUAUCCGCUUCCAACCCAACUCCCUCAACGUGGUGACUGGGCCCACAGGCUGCGGCAAAACCACUUUGCUCCUCUCGCUGCUGGGCGAGACCGUUCUCGAAAAGGGAUCCGCAACCUGUCCUCGCGACGUGGCUUACGUGCCCCAGGCCCCCUGGCUGCAAAAUGACACCAUCAAACAGAACAUUCUCUUCUAUAGCCCCUUUGAUGAAGCGCGGUACCAAUCUGUAAUCAACGCCAGUGGCCUCGCACAGGAUCUUGAGCAGUUGCCCGCCGGGGAUCUAACUGAGGUCGGCGAGCGAGGCACUUCGCUUUCCGGUGGACAAAAGCAACGCGUCUCCCUAGCUAGAGCGCUAUACUCGCGCUCGACAACCCUCUUGCUCGAUGACAUCUUUUCCGCCCUGGACACGCACACGACCACCCUCAUCUAUGGCAAGUGUUUCCGUAGUGGAUUGCUUGCGGGACGCACCGUGGUCCUCGUCACCCAUCUCCCCGCCGCGCUGCAGGACGCAGAGAUAGUUGUCGUUCUCGAUCAUGGAAGACUGUCUUCGGUCACGUUGCCCAAGGAAUCUCGACCGCUUCUCGCCGAAGGCACCGUCGCCUCCAGUUCGACCAGCGUCGACGAAACCCCACUAAACUCGGAUACAUCGACAGAGGUUAUAGAGAGUGCUCCUGUUAAGACAUCAUCCUCCCAGCCUGUGUCGAGGCAAGCGAAAGAGUCUACUAUCACGGGACGUGUACCACGGACACUAGUUUUCCAAUAUAUGACGCUCUUCGGUGGUUUCUACUACGCCAUCCUGGUGAUUCUGACCACCUUCACAGUACAGCUGGCAUACAUAUCCAUCACGUACUGGUUGUCGAUCUGGACGGAAGCGUACGAGGAGCAAGAGAAGCCGAAUUCGCUCUUCUACCUCUCGGUGUACGCGGCAGCGAUCCUAACGUUCCUGCUGUUGCAGCUGACGAACAAUUUGAUCUACCAAUUUGGCAGCUGGACGGCGGCGCGCAAGAUGCACACCCGCCUCGUGGCCGCGGUACUCUCGGCGCCGAUCUCUUGGUUUGACGAGAACCCAAUCGGGCGCGCGAUCAACCGCUUCGGCAACGACACGCGGUCCAUGGACACGGUGCUAGUCGACUGGCUGCGCAUGUCGAUGGAAAACGGCUUGCGGUUCGUGCUACGCAUCGCCUCCAUCGCCUCGAUUAUGCCCAUUUUCGCCUUGCCUGCCGUCAUAAUCUGCUCCAUUGGUUUCGCCAUCGGUGAACUGUACACGCGCACACAGGUCUCUAUCAAGCGCCUCGUCUCCACCAACUACUCCCCCGUCUUUUCACACUUCACCGACACCCUGGCCGGGCUGACCGUCAUCCGCGCCCGGCGCGAUAUGGAUGCCGUGUUUCAACAGCUACUGGCUGACAAGCUGGCCGUCCACGCCCGUUCGGCCGAAACCCAGUACAACUGCAACCGCUGGGUGUCAAUCCGGUCGGACUUUUGCGCCGCCAGCGUCGCUGCCGUGGCCGGGUGCGUCGCCUACUUCAGCGCCGACUCCGCAGGGCUGGUCGGGUUCUCACUGACCAACGCUAUUGGGCUGAGCCAGUCCAUCCUCAUCUUAGUGCGCACCAUGAACGAGCUCGAGGUCGAGCUCAACUCGUACCAACGCAUCCGUGAGUACGCUGAAAUCCCCCCGGAAGAAGAAGGAGGGAACCAAGAAGCCACUCAGUCACCCGCCGUUGCUGCUUCCAGCGUGCCCGCCAGCUGGCCCACCUCUGGUAUUGUCACCUUUGACGCAGUGACGGCCCGCUACUCGCCCGACGGGCCCGACGUGCUGCGCCGCGUCUCCUUCACCACCCGGCCUGGUGAGCGCAUUGCCAUCGUCGGCCGCACGGGCAGCGGCAAGAGCACGCUUGGCCUCUCCCUGUUGCGCUUUGUGCCCUUGGUAGGCGGCCGGGUGACGGUCGACGGAGUAGACAUUGCCGCUAUCCCCUUGCACCGGCUGCGCACGAGCAUCACGCUCAUCCCACAGGAGCCAGUCCUUUUCUCCGGCGACGUACAGUCCAACCUUGACCCGUUCGGAGAGACGGGCGAUUCCGAACUUCAAGCGGCUCUCGCCGCAUGUUCAAUCCGAAUCAGUGGGGGUAGCAGUAGCGGUAGUGGCAGUGACACUGAGCGGCAAACCCUCCGGCUAGAUACCCCCGUCGCCACCAACGGCGAGAACUUCAGCCAAGGCCAGCGGCAAGUCCUUAGCCUGGCACGCGCGCUCUGCCGCCGGUCAAAGGUCGUCCUGCUGGAUGAGGCGACCGCCUCGGUCGACCAUGCGACGGACAUGCACAUGCAGCGCCUGCUGAGAACAGUGUUUCCCGAUGCAACCAUCAUCGCCAUUGCUCACCGGCUGCGCACAAUCAUGGAUUAUGAUCGUGUGUUAGUCAUGGCUGAGGGCGAGAUCGUUGAGAAUGGCUCGCCUGCUCAGCUGAUCGAUCAGAAGGGCGUCUUUUGGAGCAUGUUGAAGAAUACAGGCGAAUACGACGAGCUGGUGCACAUGGUACAGGAGGUGGCAUGAUUAUAAAUAACUAUAUAGACCUGACCUAUUAUGCAUAACCUAUAGAAGUGAAAUAUGAAUGAUGCAAACGCAUAUUAU